AACUGAACUUUUUUGUGUCCAUGCAAUAGACCGUUAAAUGUAGUACAUGUACAUGUAGAGGCUGAAACUAAAACUGUAAAAAUUAAUUUUUCUGUUGUUAGUGUUUUUAACACUACCCAUUGUGUAACAAACCUAAAACCUAAACUUAAAUUGUUAAAGUGUUGAUGUCGUCAUAAUAAAUCUAAAUGUAAACAAAAUUAAAUCUUGUUUACAUUUGUUGUUUACAUCUGUUACGUUACGGUUGUUUGAAAUAUAUUCGAUUCUUAAAUUUGAAAACACUGCAUUGUUAUCUUCUUUGAUUUUAUGCGUGGUUUUCUAAAUUAUAAGUUUGGGUCUGUUAAAGCAAACUGUUCUUUUAAUAUUUUGGAUUGAAAUAUUUCGUUAGAUAUACAAUAUACCAAAUGAUUCAAGUUUUUAUAUUUCUGUUUUAUGUGUUUUGAACUAUUAAUUUCUUAUGUUUUGAGUAUAACUUUGGAAGGUUUGCCGUAUGCAAUAGAAUGAAUAGCUGACUUUGUAUGACUUAACGAAAAAUGUUGGAUUGUUUUUUAAUGUUUGGUAUCCUUUUUUCCCUGUUGUACUUCUGGAAUGGCAAAGCAAGUAUAUAGUUUUAGCGUAUUUCGCUUUGUACGUAACGGUUGUUAGACGCCUUUGAUUUUUUUGGACAUUUUCCAUUUUUAUUUUAUAAUUUUUUUUAUAAUUUUUUUUUGUUGCAUAUGCUUAUAUUUCUAGAUAUUUUUUUCACCGGUUAUAAACAUAGAAUAAUGCAGAUUGUGAGCAACCUCGAUCCCAGGGCUUUUUUUCUGUUUUUGCCAUCCCGUUAUAAAAGAGACAAAGAGCUCAGGGUUGAGGUUGAAAUGUGAGUUUUGAAAAUUCAAAAACUGUGUUGUAUGUUUUAUUUUUGUUAUCCCUUAUAUCGGUUUAAUGAGAGAUUCAGUGGGUUCUUCCAUGGGGAUCCACUAGUGUAUAUAAUAAUACGCUUGUGUGAGUAACCAUGUAAGUCCACGAAAUGCAAAGUACGGGUCACUUUCUAACGACGUGGCGUUACGCUUAAAUUUACCAAGUUAAAAAAAGCGCAAAUCAGGGGGAAUUGAAACUUUUAAUUCUUUUUUUUUCGUUAUUCUAAAAAAUAAAACUCAUUUUUUUAGCAUUCGGUUAGUCUUAUAUAUUAAUUCCCUUGCGUGAGUAAAACUGUGAGUCCACGACAUGAAAAUCACGGGUCACUUUUUUAUGAAGUGGCUGUACGCUAAAAUUUAACUAAAAAAGUUAGGGCUGUACUUCAUAGAAAUCGCACAUAGCGUGUAAAUAUAUAACCCGCAGCUAAUAACUAUAUAAAUAUAUAACCUUAGGCUUAAAAAAAAUUAUAAGAGCAUAUAUAUAUAUAGGUAUCGCUAUAUAUGAAACGGUAUUAGAUAUUCACAAAGCAUACGGACUGUUAAAUGAAGUUCCCAGCAUAGAACGGAAAAUUUUGUGAUUACGAAAAACAUGGUUGUUCUUUUUGUAUUCUCUAAUCUUUUAAUUAAAAAUAAAUCUUUAAAAAAACAUUUGAAGAAGAGCAUGGUUUUAUAAAUUAUUCAUACCAAGGUUCUGUAAGGUUUUUUCAUGUUUUUUUUCAGUUUGGAUGAUGUUAUUGAUGCCAGACAUGUUUUAUAGCUAGUUUCAUAAAGUAAGUAAGUAAGUAAGUAAGUAAAGUAAGUAAAUACAUUUAUUUGUUAAGUUAGAUUACAAAAAAUAAACUUUUUAAAAAAAAAAAAUUGUCUAGAGUAUAAAUAAUGCAAUAAUCUAACCUAACAGGAGAGCUAGUCAAAUAGAUAAAUCUAAUCAAGAACUAGCCCCCCUGUCAACCAAAAAAAUAAGAUAGACAUAUAUAUAUAUACGUAGUAGAAAUAAAUUAGAAGACAAAGACAAAACAAACAAAAAAACACAAGAAAAACAAACAAAAAAACACAAGAAAAACAAUCAAUGAAUGAAAUAAGAUAAACAAAAAUUAAACAAAAUUAAAUAAAAAAUAUAGCUAUAUAUAUACAAAAAAUGAAUAACUAAUUAAACUUAAAUUUAAAUUUAAGUGUAGCAAAUAAAUUAUUAGUUUAUAUAUAUUCCUUAUAAGUAUUUACUUAACAAUUGAUUUGUAAUUAUUUUUUUGCACUGGUUUUUGGAUAGUGAUGACAGCUUUUUAUCACUGUGUUGGUUAUUAAUUGUAUUCCAGCAACGGAUUGAUUGAUAUUUUAUACUAUAAAUUCCAUACCAAGUGGUACUAACAUUUGGAAGUAUUAGGUUAUUGUUUGAUGCAUUUCUAGUAUUAUGGGUAUGAGUAUUUGCAACCAGAGUGAAAAUGCCUUGCAGAGGUUUAGGCAAAUUUUUAUGAUAAUGAUCAUACGCAAAUAAAAAGUCUUUCAGCUUAAUUGUGUCAGGAAAAGUAAGUAUUUUGGAUUUAUUAAAUAAUAGAGAAGUAGGGCUGUUUGCAGUUUUGAAGUUCAUAAUUUUAAUUGCUUUAUUUUGAAGGGAGAUAAUUCUAUUCAGGUAGAUGCUUUUGUUAUGUCCCCAUAUUUGACAUCCAUAAGUUAGAUGUGAUAUUAGCUAUUAGCUGCUGUAGCUAGCUAAUGUUAGCAUUAAACUAAAGACUCCCAGUAUACCUAGCUAACCUGUGAGUUUUGUGUUGCUCUUGUAUGUAGCUAGGUACUGUAGUUUAUCUUAGGACUCUUUUUUAUGCAAAUAUAUAAUGUAUUUUUUCACAUUUUGUGUAACUAAACAUCGGUUGCAUGCAAUAUGACAAAAGGAUUUUUAUUUAACAUGCAGUAAUUCUGAUGUUCUAGAUGUUUUUACUAUGACAUUUUGUGUUUUUUUAAAAAAACUUUAAACCAUUUCGAGAGAGUUACUACAUGCUUACACCAAAAAAACCUGUUUUUGAAAAUUCUUAAUCGAUAGAGGUUUUUGACAGUAUGUGGAAAAUUUACGUUGCUUUUUUAUAUUUUUGAUUUUGUUGCAGUACUUACAUGGGUUUUUGAUUUGCUUUUCUUUUGAAAUUUUGUGUUAACUUUUGUGGCACAAGGAUCAUGCAAUAUACCGAAAGAAUUAUUUUUUGUAGAAUUUGACUUUACACCUUGCAAGCUUUUUAUGUUUUUAUAUUAAAAUAAGAAAUUCAACUCUAACAUUAUACAUAUGUUCCCACAUUAUAUAUAGAUAUAAAUUCCCACAAAACCCAUCAAAUGUUAUUAACCCAGAAAAAUUUCCUGGUUCUUUUUUUAGUUUGCGAAGUUCUUUUCCUGCAAAUAUUCUGAAAAUAAAGUUCAGAAAUUACUUAUUUUUAUAAUGUAAAUUCAAUUUGUUUCAAAUGUGGUUUUUACAUUUUCAUGUAAGAGGUUGUGGGUAAAGACAUAAAUCAGCAUGCUAAAAGAACUCCCUUUUUUAAAUUUAGAAUUACUAAACACAACCAUUUUUUUACAUUUAGUGUAAACUUUUGUGCGUAUGGCCAUAUUUAAUACACCAAAAGAGCUACUUUGUUGAUUUCAAUUUUAUAUUCUUUCUAAGUUAUAUUUUUCUUUUUUUUUGACAUUUUGAAUUAACUUAUUGUUGUAGAAAGCAUAUAAUAUACAAUAUAUGCAUAUAAAAAAUGGAAUUUCGCAAAUUUCUGUUUUACCACUCAAUUUUUACAUUUUAUGUAAAUUAUUUGGGACAGAAUGGUAUGAGCUAGACCAAAAUACCUGAUCUUAGUUGUUUUUAAUUUACAGGCUGUACCUGUGAAACUUUAAUGGGAACAUUUGGUGGAAGACAAUGGCAUGCCAUAUACUGAUAGAACUGAUUUUUGUUGUGUUAAUAGAUGUUAAAUCUGAACCUCUUUGACAUUUUAUGUUAAUUUUGCGAGAAAGGACCAUAUAUACACAAAAGAAGAAUUCGAUUUUACACCUUGCAAGCUGUGUUUUUCUAUAUUUUGUAUAAACUCUUACCAGGGAGGACUCUGUGCAAUAUACCGAAAUGACUGAUCCUUCUCAAUUUAAAUUUGAUGCGUUCCAAAUCACAGUUUUUUAAAAUUUUGUGUAAGAUUUAAUGGGUAGGGACAAGAUGCAAAAUGUCAAAAAACUGAUUUGUUUGAAUCAGAAGCACUCCCUACAACCAUUCUUUCUUUUACAGUUUGGGAAGCUUUUGUGGGGAAAGAGUAUAUGCAGUAUCAUCGAAAUACUGAUUUUCUUGCAAACUGUUUUUCUUUGGCAUUUUGGAUUAAAAUAUUGUUUUAGAGAGCAUAUGCAGUAGAUAGGUGUACCAAAAUAAUUAAAUUUUGCAAACUUUGAUUUUGUUGUUACCUCUCAUUUUUUACAUUUUAAUUAAACUUUUGUGGGAGACCGUCGGUAUGCGAAGGACCAAAAUAAGAGAUAUUAGUAUUAUUAAGAAUUUGUAUUUUAUGUUGCAAAUUUGGUGCAAAAAUGGACAUAAAAUGAACUUAUAGAUUGAUUGCUGUUGUUUAACAUGACUCAUUAUGACUUUUAUAUAUAAUUUAUGAAAACAUUUGUGACAGAAUACUAUGUGAGAUUUGAAAUUUUGUUUACUUUAUUGAUGGUAUAACAGCAUGCAAGUUGCUAAAAGAAGUGAUUUUUAUUAAUUUCAGGUUUAAACACCUUUUUUUGUUGUUGACAUUUUCUCUAAAGUUUAGUUAGGAAGGACCGUAUUCAAUAUAUCAAAAAACGUUUUAACACCUUAGAUAAAAAUUUCUACUUACGCACAAUUUAUUGUUUAUUUUUCACAUUUUGUGUCAACCUUUGGUAGGGUUUGCAAUAAACUAACUGAUUUUAACAUAUACAAUGAGAGAGAUUUGGGUUUGACAUUGAUCAGCUUUUUUUGUAUGUGACGUUUUGAGUGAUUUAAGUUUUAUGGGUGAGAUGUAAUUUGAAAUGCUUUUGAAAACUUCUUUCCGAAUAAUUUUCGCAUUUGUCAGAUGGUCAGAACAGUAAUUUUAGUAGAUUUAGAUUUUAAAUGUUACAUAUAUACUGCAGUUGUUGGAUACCUUUAUUUUUUUUGGUCAUUUAUAUAAUAAUGCAGAUGUAAGAUGCUGUAUUGUUUGUUUUGUGAUGGACGUAUAUCUGCUACACAAAUUAAAUGAGAAUACAGUGGAUUCUUCCACGGGAAACAGCUACUAUAUACUAAAUACCAAAGUAUGUGAAGUCUUCGCGCACACAGGUUCUAUAUACCACCUACAAAAUUAAUAGCAGUCUUGUAAUCUAUUGUUGAACUAAAUAAAAUUUACCUAGAAUCCUGUGGAAUUCUUAAUAGGUGUAUAACAACCCAAAAUGUGCGGUAACUUUGUUCCCAGCAUAAUAGUCAUUUUGGUGUGAGAGAUUGCGAUAAAGGGAGAAAGAGCCCCACAUCUAAGGCUGAUCUGACCCAAGUUGAUCUUAUUGUUUGUUCAUUUUUGACAACGAUACAAUUUUCUAAUCUUAUAUUUUAUCUGCGUCAUCUUGAUAACAAUGAAGCCGUCGAAAGCAUUUCCAAAUUACUUCACACAUGACCCAUAAUGCAGCACCCGCGGUAAUGAUAAACGAGACAAUUUAAUUUUCCCUUACGCACCUAAAAGUGUUCGAACGUGUGCCGUCAAGAAAAAAAUAAGCUUGGGAACGAGGUUUCCCCUAGUCAUAAUAAACUAGAGACGGGACGACGAAGUCAUCACAAGAAUAUUUUUUAUUAUUAUUAAGCAAGCGCUAAGAUUAAUUCCCGCGAAAUAUAGUUCCCUGAUGGAACAGCGCAUAAUAAAACUUGAUCAAAUAUAAACCUGAUUGUUUCUAAUCCUUUUACCGGUAACAAAGCGGCAAUACCCCUACUUAUACAAAGUUUUUAAAGCUUACCUGGAUAGCGAUAAUCUUGUCAUUUUAAUUUCACAUCAGCCCAACUGUUACUGACUUUUACUGAACCCUAUUUAUACAAAUUUUUGAUUUUUUUUAACUAGCCGCCCCAAUUUUAUUAUUAUAAAGGGUUAUUACGGAGGAACAAUUUAGCAAUCUAUAUUCAAAUGAUAACUUCAUAGCAAGAUUGUUAUUGUAAGAAUAUGUUUUACCCUGCCAAUCAUUUUCUUUCGUGAUAUAAUAUAUUUUUACCAAAAGAAAGAUAAUUCGACCCAAAUUUGGUAGAUAGUCAACAAGCGACAUGCGAUAAAUAUCGAGCUCGUAAAAUACAGAAGCAACAUCAAGCAUCAGACAAAACCUUGUGUGAAAUCAACACUUAUUAUCAAAAGUUGUGUAGUAAGAAAGACAUUGACUAAAGCAAUAGUGCCGAAAAUAAAAUCUUAUUUCAAGAGGACGAGAGCCAAGGUACAACGAGUUUCACUUAUGUCAGCAUGCUUGUUGUUUUCUUGCACCCAAUUCUUACAUUAGCCAGUCAACAUUCUCAGAAUACUCACCGCAAUCUUGUCUCUUACUGCCCAGAGCUGCUUGAGCAAAAUUUAAAGCGAGUGAAAUUGUAGCUAGAUCGUCUGUCUAAUUAAUAGUACACAUUCAUUACCAUUAAAACUCUCAGAGAUGAAUUACUUACUGACCUAAAGAGAAAUUUGCAUUAAUUUGGUGGCUAAAUUUAAUCUCGUUUAAAACCCGUUAAUACUAUAUCAGUAGAAGGUCUAAGUGGAGCGUUUGUCUUAUCUUAUCUAAGUGUGUAUUCCUUUAAAAAAAUACGAUAAUCAUUAAAAUGAAACAAAAAUUUAAAAACAGGAAGAAAAUUUUUGUUUUGUAUUUUCAGUAAUCAUCUUUGUUUUAGCGUGCAUGUGAGCAUGAAAUAGCUAGCUAGCUAUGUUAUGCCUUGUUUGCAUUUCUUAAAUUUCACUUCUCCUUAUUUAGUUCUUUAAAUAAAGAAUUUGCAUACUAAUGUUUUUUUGUCUUACUUCAGUAGAUUCAGAUGUACUAAUUAAUUCCUUAUUUAAUCAGCUCUAAAUUUUUGCCAUUACUGCAAUUUUUAAUUGCACAUGGUUGUAAUUUUAUUGUUUUACUAAAUGGUAACAAAACAUAUAAAAACUAUGCUAAACAAAUCAAAAUCAAAACAUUAAUUCCUAGCUACUUCUAAAGAAGGAACAACAAGAAGAUAAACAUCGACAUAAUUACAAUGGAGAUAAAAGUAGUAUCCGAUGAAAUCAUUAAGCUUUCUUCAAAAUCUGCAACAAAAGAAAGCAUUUGGUUAAGUGUUUUAGAUGUCUGCCAACCAAAGGUUUAUGUAAACUUUUGUUACUUUUUCAAAAAUGAUGGAACAGAUGGCUCCUUUUCUGUCAAAAAAAUGAUAGAUGGUUUGAAAGUGACCCUUCAAGAAUAUCCUGAAGUGUGUGGUAGCAUUGAAUAUACUACCAGUGGUGGAGUCCUGAAUUUUGAUAAUCAUGGUGUGAAAUUAAUAAAUUCAAAGGCCAAUUUUUCUUUCAAAGAUGUUGAAGCUGUUGGUUUUGAAAUUGAGAAAUUACCAGAAAAAGACAUCUUUCUUCCUGAGCUUCAAGGAUUUUUGUUAGCAAAAGAUGCAUUUCUUUUUAUUGCACAAAUUAUUUCACUUACUGACGACUCGCUUAUGUUGGUGGUAAGCUUUCACCAUGUUCUCUCAGAUGCACAUGGUAUAUUUCGUUUCAUGAAUGCAUGGGCUUCUGCCACAAAACAUGGCCACGUUGGGACAUAUUCUAACAAUACUGACCGGUCUUUAUUGGUAGGAAAUGGCGAAAAACCUACCUCUUUGCUUGACCGAGGAUAUAUUUCUUUAACUGGACCUCCUCCCCAAAUGCCCUCGUUAGGUAAAAUGUCAAAAUAUGAGUUUUUUAUUUCUUUUGCAAAGUUGGACUCUUUAAAGGAACGAUUUUCUGAAGAUUUGCCCGGGAAUAUGUACUUAUCUAAGAAUGAUAUUUUAACUGCUAUCAUAUGGAAAGCUACGGUGGCUGCUAGAGUACAGAAAAAAUGCGAAACGACAAUGAUUGCAACUGUUGUAAAUAGCAGAAAACGAUUUGGUCUUCCAGAAGGAUAUUUUGGAAAUUGCGUUCCUUACCUUUGUAAAAGAUUACCAGUAAAAGAUGUCUUAAAUAUGUCUUUGAAAGAAACGUGUUUACUGUUACGAAAAAAUUAUGAUGUUAUGUCGAAAAAUUAUGUGCAGGAUCUGAUGAAUUGGCUUCAAAAUCAAGAAUCUCUCAUGAGUAUUAUGCCAUCAGUGAAUAUUUUUACCAAUGAUCUGUUGUUUUCGUCUCUUGCACAACACCCUAUGUACGAAUGUGAUUUUGGACUGGGUAAAGCACAUCUUAUCCAACCAGGAGGAGGUCCCAUGUUGCCAGGCCUUAUUUGGAUAUUCCCAACACCUGAAAAUGAUGGUUUGCGUUUUCAAUAUUGUCUUACAGCAGAAGAAAUGGCUGAAUUUUUGGCGAAUGACUAUGUAAUGGACACAAUAGACAUAGUUCGUAAAAUAUAAAAAUUUCUUAGAUAACCUAACUUUUAACACAAAUUUAAUAUUAUUUAAGUGUUUCUUCUUUGUUUUUGUCCUUUGGUCAACAAUAAUUGUAACUUGUGUGAAAAAAUAAAAAUAUGUCAUUUUUAA